AUGCCCCGCAUCCUUGCCCGAGACUUUAUUGAAAUCGAACAAAGAAGUGGGUUUCUUUUCUCGAAUUUUCAAUUUUUGGAAUGUUUAUUCGAAGGAAAAAGGUUUGAGUUUUGAGGGGAAAAAUUCUCGAAAAUUAAUCGUAAAUAAAGAAAUUAAAAAACUCGUCGAGCCGCCGCGCGUUCGACAGAGCGCACUUGACGUCGCUUCUCAUUUUUUUGGAAAUGAACAGAAAUGAACAAAAAAAUAUUUUUUUAAAUGGCGUGUUCAUUGGAGAAACGGAACAUGCUUCAAAACAAAAAAUCGUGUUCAUUGGCACGCCAAAGUUGCUCCAAAACAGUACUAAUUUUAAUUUUGAAGCAAUUUUUUGCGUUUCGGAACAAUUUCUUUUUGUCGAACACGCCACAUAUUUUCUUUUUUGAAUAACUUUUUGAAAAUUCUUUUUUCAAAAUCGUUUUUUUCAGUUCUGCAUCAUCCGGAUGUGAGCCGUCCAGGCCGUCGUCUUUCUUCUAUUCAUCACGGUAAAAUGUUGACUUCAGUUAAAAAGAAGGAAGGAACGAAAAAAGUUUCCGCUUUCGGUUGACUUAAUUCUAGGCUGCGGGAAAGUGCGAUUCUAAUAAAAUAAGCCUUUUUUCAAACUUUGUACUAAGAAUCACUUUUUUUCGGCAAAGAGAUCUUCUCUAAAAGCUUUGAGGUGAAAAUUUUCUUUGCGUUAUAUUAACUUAUAUACAAAUAUAGUUAAAACCAAAUUAAUCGGAUUUUUCUAUAGCUUUUUUUUUCAUUGUUUUGAUUCUCAUGAUGAAUCUUCUAUUUUUUGUGAGCUUCUUAUUUUGCCAUUGAGACCUGCAGAACGGAUAUUUUUUUUACAUGUUUUGAUGAUAUUUCUUCUAUUUCGUAUCUUUAUUGCACAAUCUUUCGUUUUAUUCGAGAUAUUCUCGGCGUUGAGAUUGCAACUGAUUCAUGCGAUCUACCUUUUUUAUAUUUUUCGCUUUGUAAAACUUCAGAUGAUACUGUGAGAGAGUUUUUGAAAGAUGUCUCAGUUAAAAAAAUAUAGAAGCUUAUUUUCAGAUACUUUUUUUCCCAAAAGAGAUUUCGCAAGUCCGCAUGAGCGAUUAUUAAUCUCACGCCUUUAUGAGAUUUUUUUCUCUUGAUGUCUCAACAAAAAAAUCUGACUCAGCGAUUUCAAAAUUUUUUUCUAACUUUGUAGCUUGAAUUAGCUUAAAUUAAAAAGUUUUGAAUCAUUCACGCCGCAAAGGGAAAUAUGUUUAUUCAUAUUUUGAAUUAAAAAAACCGAGUCUAGUAGAAGGAAAGGUUUGGAAAAAGCUGUUAAUUUUAUUCACCAAGAAUAUUUAGUUUUUUUUAGAAGUUUCACUGUGAUUUCCAUUGACUAGUAACCAGAAUCUUCUAAUCUUUUAAAAAUAAUUGAAAAAUUUAAAAAAAUUAUUCUAACUGGAAGCUUCGAAAUGCGCGCUUUUUUUCUUGAGAAAAAAAUCAAACCUUUUGUCAAUUUUUACAACGCUGAAUGAAUAAUAAUCAAAUCUGAAUGAGAAUAAAUAUCGAGUAUUCAUAAAAAUCCUGGAUUAAAAAAUGAAUCAAAAAAAUCAUUCUUUACACCAGCUGCGAAAAAAAUCUAUCUGGGAGCGCAAACCCUAAAAUGGUCGAAUCAAAAAAAAAUUUUUGGUCUUUGAUUUUUUAUAUUUUAUGUCUAGGAACCGAAUUCUGAUAAUUAUGCAAUCAUUUUUAAUUUAUAGUUUGUUGAAAACGAGAUUAUCUAACUGCAGGGAAGGAAGUCGAAGUGGACAAGCUGCCGACGCCCGUCGAAAAUAUGCUCUCAAUGCGAAGAGGUGGGAGUUUUUAGAGGAAGAAAUUUCAGAGUUAAUCUAGUUUUCGAAAAUUUUCAUUUAUUUUCAAAUUUUCAAAAGUAGAAUGGCCUUUUUGAGUUAUUCGUGUGCGUGAAUCGAGCAAAACCGAAAAAAAUCCUCCAAAUGUUCCUCUAAAACGAGCUUCGAGGGUUCAUAGCAGAUCUUAUUUAUUUCUUUUUCGCAUCUUUUCUACUUCCUUUGAUAAAAAAUAUGCUGAAAAGCAAAGAAAACUGAAAAGAUUCCAGUUGAUCCAAAAAAGAUCCGCUGAGACUGAAAAAAAGGAACCCAGAAGACUUUUUCAGUGCUUUUAGGAGCUUUUAGCGGAAGCUUUAACUCCUUCUGAGGGUCCUUUUAGGAACUUUCCGGUUUCAUCUAGGAAAAAUGAUAAACCUUCUAAAUUUCGAAUUUUACCGACCGAAAAAAGAUAUGAACAAAGCUGAAAUUGGAGAGAGUUAACAAAGAGUCCCAGCCAUUGUUUUCAUUCCCCGCAGGCUAUUAUUUAUCGGUCUCCGUCGUUAUCUGAUAUCAUUCCACCAAAACAUGAUUAGAGAUUUCUCUGACUUUUUUUGUUCUUUUUCUUGUUUGUUUGGUGUCCCAGGAAGUAUUAGAUGAUCUUUUCGGGUAUAAGUUCUUCUCGAUAUCUUCAUUUUUUAAGGUUUUCAGUGUCUUUCCAGAUUGCAAUUCUAUCGAAAUUCAUUCUCAUGCUUUUAGUUACCAGUUUCUUGACAAGGGAGCCAAAAAAAAAAUUACGGCAUUGUCUGGUCGUCCAAAAGACUGAAAACACUACCUAUUAUAUUUUUUUAAAAAAAGUUAUUUUUUUCACCUUUUUUUGUUGAAUUUCGGUGCUGAUAUUUUUUUUCAGGAGAGAGAGAGAGUUAUUAAUUCAAGCUUAAAAUUCACAACCUUUUUCCUAAAAAAAUACAUUUCAAGUUAAAUUUUUGAUCAAAAAUCUGGUUUAUUCAAAAAUAAAUGAAUAGCCUAGUCUCAGGCCAAGAACAGCCGAUUUUUUUUCUUCAAGGAUAAUUUAAGUCCCUCCAGUUUUUAUAAGUUCGAAUUCGAAUUUUUACAGACUUUUUUUUCCAAAUCAGCUUGCGCGAUUACUCUCUUCCCAUUAAAGCUUACCAUUUUUUUUUAGUUGAAACCAAUUUUUCUGCUCCUCAAACCUUUUAAGCUAUACUUCCGGAGCUCAAUUUCCCAGGCUCAAAAUCUCAUUUCAUUCAAUAGAAGCCCACCAAUUUGUUGCAUGAUUUAUUCACCCACGCCCUUUUCAACAGGCUUCUAUUACCUCGCGCCGUCGGAAAAGAAUUUAACCUUUUCUCGUUAGAACUACCUUUUUUGUCAGCUAAUGAGUUCCCGUUGUUUUUGGUCUGAAAGGCGAAAACAGCCGUGACCGAGGCGAUGUCUGAUUGGGAAAAUCUGCGCAAAACUUUCGAAGCCAUAAUUUUCCUAUCUAACAAGGUGCUAUUUCAGCUUCAGCCCCCAUGGAGAUUAUCAUCGGUCCUGGUGGGUUCUCUUUAUUUCUUGUUUUUUCUCAGCUUCUCUACUUCUUUUUCGCUUGUCUGCAUGCCGUUGAAGUCGAAAAAUGGUUUUGCAAUUAUUUUUUGUGGUGUAUAUAGAUAAUAGAUCAGGUGGAAGGUAAGACCACUAUAUAAAGGUCUGUUCUCACAGAACCUCACGAAGAACCUCGCCCCUGCCGACAACGACGACGAAAGUGACACCCCCCGAUGGGUCCGCGUCGCCCACGACCAAUCAUGGCGCCUGAUCUCCCAAUUCUACAUCCUUUUCUUAAAGAGCGAAGUAGAAAUAGGGCCAUUUUAAAAUGAAGAAAUACUGGUGGUGGUGGAACACUGGUAUGCUACGACCGAAAGAGCAGGUUGUGCUUGCGACGGACGCGUCGGAUUACGGUCUAGGUGCAGUGAUACAUGGUGAAGCAGUUUAUUCGCUGGCAUGGUUCCAACAUGGUGAAGCAGUUUAUUCGCUGGCACUACCCACGGGAUCACAUUAUUUCCCAACUCCAGCUGUCACGCCGGGACUUAUUGGACAACGAUUGUGGACCGUAAUCCGCGCCAACGACUGACUAACUCUUCGAUCAUACCAUGAUUCAGCAGAGAUUUUUUCUACAUCUUACUCUGAAGACUGAAUAAAUUGUAAAUUGUAAAUUGCAGUGAUUACCAAGUACCAUGAUGGUACUUGGAAGUGAUAUCGUACGCAUUUAGAACUCACCCAGAUAUUCAACUUUUGAGAAGUUGGGCAUCAUCCAGGGCAUUGAAAAAUGUAACCAGUAUUUGUAAGAACGGAAGGAAACAAAGAUCAGGCGCCAUGGUUGGUCGUGAGCGACGUGGACCCAUCUGGUGUGUCGCUGUCGUCGUCGUUGUCGGCAGGGGCGAGGUCCUUCGUGAGGGUCUGUCAGAACAACCCUUUAUAUAGCGGUUUUAUCUUCCACGUGAUCUAUUAUCUACAUAAAACACAUUUUUCUUUUUCUUUCUAUUCGUUGUAAUUUUGGUAAUGUCGUUUUUUGACUGCUUAAAGUAAUAAGUAGGCCUGAGUCGUGAAUUAGCCGUUUUUGGAACUAUUUUUAGGCUAAAAGUGAUCUUUGAUGAACAAAAAGCUCGCUUUGAUGAGUUUCAGUAUUUUAUUUCAAUGUCUUCUACUAUUUUUCAGGCGAACUUCAAAGUUAAAGCAAAUAAAGUACUUUGUAAAUGUAGCACGAAAAUAUAGAACCGUUUUUUUUUUCUAAAUCCGUGUUUUCAGACGGUAGACCGGUUUUCAACGCUCCGAUGUCUCCACAUUCGCCGAAAUCUGUCUCCAACGAUAUCAAGGUUCAUUUUUGCAACUUUUGAAAUCAUUGAAGGUCUCAAAGAGAUUUUUUUUCUUUUUAACAUUCAUUAUCUCUUUCCGCUUCAAGGAGAAGCCUUACAGGACCGAGACAUUUAUCAGAAGUCUGAAUCCCGGGAAGCUUCGAAGGAACGGGCCCGCCGUAGAAGCUCCUCGUUGUUGGCCAAGAAGAAGGCGUCACCGAAAAGCGAAGAAAAGGACUCUUCCCAGAAGACGUCGCCCAAACGCGGCGACAAGGAGAAGCUGAAGGAGAAGAAGAAGGAGAAGGAGAACGAAAAGAUCAAGGACGACAAGGCGAAGGACGAAAAAAGGAAGAAGAAGCUGAAGGGAAGGGAGCAGUCGUUGGAACUGGAUGUGAGUUUUGAGAGGUUUUUCCGUUCCAAGAAAUAGAUUUCCGAAUCAAUUUUCAGUUUUAAUAAAUGAUUUUUGCUUGAAAGCCCUGAGUUUGAUUAUAUUUCUAACUUAUCGAAGUUAACAAACAAGCUAACGGAACUUAUAAGCCAAAAAAAAAAAUUCUGAUUUCUCUGCGCUCUCUUGCAUAUGUUCUGUUUUCGUGUUGACAGCGUUGAAGAAGGAAAAGAGGGCGCAGACAAGUCAGAUUUUUUGAAUGUGGCUAAGAAUUUAUGCAAUUUUUCAUUCCUGGAUGUGUUCUUCAAAAGCCCGUUUUUCUAACUAAAAAAAAUACUUCAAAAGGCUCCUCGCCUCCAGACCUUUUUGAAGUUUGACUUUGCUUCUUUAAUACCCCAAAGAAGAUUCAUAAACAAAUUGUACCAAUGGUAAGCUUUUCAGUCCGAUGAAAUGACCAAAGUGAUCGACAUGGCGACUUGCGCCAUUUCGCUCCCCCGAAGAAAGUCCAUCGACCUCAGCGACCAGAAAAACGACGAGGAGACGUCUUCCGAGUCUGAAUACCGUCUGGAACGACCUGAAGUCGUUUUCGUCAGAAAUGUCGCCGUCCAGACUUCUGAUGACGUCGUGGAGAUGAAUCCGCGUCGCGACAAGGAAAACUUUGCCAGUUUCUAG